AUGAAUAAUUAUCAGAAGAACAAGGAGAGGAUAAAGAGGCUUAAGUUGGAAGGGCAGAAAAGACGGGGUGAUACUGGAGAAACAUGCGAAAAAUGCGUAACCCAUGAGAGGGAUGAGUCUGCUCCACGGGAGAGACACCCUAAUUUGAAAAAGUACGCCCUGUGCAUUGGGUAUGUGGGGAGCAGGUAUCAUGGGUGCCAGGGGCAAGGGAAGGAUUGCAUGACCAUCGAAAACGAGAUAGAGAGAACCCUGAUCAAGAUGAACGGCGUGGGACGACGUGGUGGCUGCAAGAAGGAUUUCAAUUUUUGCCAGUCGCGCUCCGCCAGGACGGAUCUCGGCGUGCACGCCUUGUACAACGUGUUUGUGUACCAGGUAGACUUGAACUGUGGGCAGGCGGGCGGUGCAGUUGGUGUGGUAACGGAAAACGUGGUAGCGACAGACUCAUUAGCGACAGACUCGUUAGCGAUAGACGUAGUAGCGAAUGGUGACGCGGCCCACAACGCAGAUGCCACUUCCACAGAGGUUCGCACCCACAAUGCUACCACCCAAAGCACCGCCUUAGCGGAACGGAAAGAAAAGGAAAAAAAGUUUGUGCACCUUCUGAACGAGCACUUGCCGGAAGACAUUCGCUGUUUUGGCAUGCACAGAGUAACGAAGAGCUUCGAUGCGAGGAAGUUCUGCUCGUUCCGAUUAUACGAGUACCUCUUCCCUGUGUAUGUUUUGAGUGAGGUGGUUGUGAGGGAUGAGUACAGGGAUGUGUUUGAUGAGGCUCUGCGUGUGAUGGAUGGGCGCGUAGAGGAGCUUAAGAGGAGGAAGCGCGAUGCGGUCGAUCAGAAGGGUGAAAAUGAAGUGGCUGAUCAGAAGGGUGAAAAUGAAGUGGCUGAUCAGAAGGGUGAAAAUGAAGUGGCUGAUCAGAAGGGUGAAAAUGAAGUGGCUGAUCAGAAGGGUGAAAAUGAAGUGGCUGAUCAGAAGGGUGAAAAUAAAGUAGCUGAUCAGAAGGGUGAAGAUGAAUCGGCCGGGAAAAACUGUGCAGACGAGGCAGCGAAACAAAAUACCUGGGAUGACAUCCUUACCGUGAAGGAACAAAAAGAAGACUUGACGGAAGAAGAAUUGAACGCCUUCUUUGAGAUUGUCCAAAACUACGCAGGGUAUCACAACUUUCACUGCUUCACCAAAAACAAAGUAGACCAAACGACCUUCCGUUUUAUCAAGUAUUUAGAUGUGAGUACAGUUAACCUAUUCAACUACAAUUUCGUCUCUGUGAAAAUAUUAGGUCAGUCUUUCCUAAUGCACCAAAUAAGAAAAAUGUUAACCUUAUCUGUCGAGACCUUUCGAAAAGCUACAUCUGUAAAUUCCAUUUAUUAUUGUCUCAAAUCGGGAGAGUAUGUACCCAUUUCAUUGUUCCCUGCUGAAGGUCUGAUGCUCAUUUGCCCGUACUUCAAUGCAUACAAUGAGAAGGUGUGCAAUCCCCCACAGAGCCCCCCAAUCUGCUUCGAGGAGACUGAAGAAAUUCUCAUGUUCAAACGGGAUGUGGUCGCCAAGUGCAUUAUCGAAAAAAUGCAAAGUAACGUGUGGAAGGACUGGAUGCUGAAAAUGAACAAGCGCCCAUUUGUGUACCAUUUCAUGAGGGAUAGACUUGGAGAUGCGAAGCCAAGCUGUGAGAGGACCGACCAAGUAUGA